GUGUGCCGGAACUGCAAGUGCCCCCGGGAGGAGCACGAGGGGGCGUCCGGCGUGUCUAAUAUGGCGGAGAGCGAACGCAUCGUUCACAAGAUGGCUGCUCACUUCGGCGGCGGGGGCGGCGCUGGGUCCCCCUCCGACCGCCACUCGCAUUCCGACGAUGAUUCGGGAUGCGCGCUUGAGGAAUAUACAUGGGUGCCGCCAGGACUAAAGCCUGAACAGGUUCAUCUGUACUUCAGCGGCAUCCCUGAAGCGAAGGUGCCUUACGUGAACAGCGUCGGCGAGAAGUACCGCAUCAAGCAAUUAUUGCACCAACUGCCUCCCCACGACAAUGAGGUACGCUAUUGUAAUGCUUUGCACGAGGACGAGAAGAAAGAGCUACGGCUGUUCUCUCAGCAGCGAAAAAAGGAAGCUUUGGGCAGAGGAACACUCAAGCAACUCUCCGACCCACAGCCCUGCAAAAAUUGUGAAGAAGCCAUAUCCAGGGGAGAUAUGGCUGUAUUCGCAUCCAGAGCAGGGCCCACCUCUUGCUGGCACCCAGGAUGCUUUACAUGUUGCGUCUGCAAGGAGUUGCUGGUGGAUCUCAUCUACUUCUUCAAAGAUGGGAAACUAUACUGUGGACGGCAUCAUGCAGAAAGUCUCAAGCCCAGAUGUGCAGCCUGUGAUGAA